AUGGCUGCGAUUCUUGGCGGGGGCCUAGGCGGCCUAUCUACAGGUUAUUAUUUGCUGAAAAACAAUAUUAUCAACAACAACAACCUCAAACUGUUUCUAUUGGAAGCAACGAAUUUCUGUGGUGGUUGGAUAAAAUCUAUUAAAACCAAGGAUUAUAUAUUCGAACAGGGUCCGAGAACUAUCAGACCAAAAGGUAUAGUUGGUUUAAAUACCUUGAACAUGAUCCAAGACCUAGGUCUGAGUGAGCACAUUGUACCCAUCAGACCGGAUCACCCGGCAGCGAAAAAUCGUAUGAUUUAUGCAAAGAAUAAUCUGCAUUUAUUACCAUCUAGUUUGAAAAGUAUGUUUAGAAAAAUUACACCUUUUUCAAAACCCCUUAUUUUCGCUUUGCUCAAUGAUAUAAAACAACCUAACAAACAUUUGCAGGAUGAUUCUAUUUACAAUUUUGUUGAAAGACGGUUCGGCAAAGAAAUAGCUGACUAUGCAGUUUCGCCAAUGAUCUGUGGAAUAUGUGCUGGUGAUGCCAAAGAGAUAUCUGUUAAAUUUCUUAUGAAAACACUUUUCGAAUGGGAGCAAACCCAUGGGGGUGUCGUUAAAGGUAUGAUAAGGUCAUUAUUUAAGCCUAAUUCGGAUGAAGAUUUGGAGCUUAGUGAUCUGGCAAGAAAAUCACAGGAAGAGAAAUGGAAUGUAUAUACUAUUAGAGGAGGUUUGGACAUAUUUCCUUUAACAUUACAUAACUAUUUGAAAGAGAAUGAUGUUAACAUUAAAUUGAAUACAAAAAUAGAAGAAAUAGAGUUUGUAGACUCUGGUACAGUAGUGUUAAAGGAUAUUGCUGGGGAAAGGACUGAAGUUAACCAUGUUUAUUCUUCAAUACCUGCAUAUUCUCUUGCAAAUUUGGUUUCCAAUCAGCACCCUGAAUUAGCUCAAGAUUUAAGAGAUAUUCCAUUUGUAACAGUUGGCAUUGUCAAUUUGCAUUUUGCAACAGAUAAGUCACUGAUAACACCAGCUUUUGGUUUUCUGGUGCCUCCAAUAGAAAAUUCUCCAAUAUUGGGAGUGGUAUUUGACUCUUGUUGUAUUCCUGAUCAGAAUGGCACUGUUUUGACUGUCAUGCUUGGAGGGAGAUGGUUCAAAGAGAAGUUUGGAGAUGAUGUUAAAGUUACCACAUUAUAUGACAUAGCUGUUAAAGAAAUAAGUUCAAUUUUAAAUAUCACAGAGAAACCUUCAGCAUAUAAUGUGAAUAUUUUACAUAGAUGCAUUCCUCAGUAUGUUAUUGGACACUAUGAGAGGGUGGACAAAAUAAGACAGUAUAUAAAAGAUAAAAACCUACCUAUUUCUCUUGUUGGCUCUAGCUAUGAUGGAGUUGGUAUAAAUGAUGUUAUAUAUUCAGCUAAGACUCAGGUUUUAAAAGACUGCACAUGA